AUGGCACCGACGGUUACGCACUAUCGGGAUCAUCACAAGAUGAUCAAAGCAAUCGAAAAGUGCUCACUCCAAGCAACAUUUGGUCCAGAAAUCACAUCCACCGGAGAGCUCUUGCCUAAAGAAUACAAUGUUUCUUCAGUCAAAGCAAGUCAUGACAGUGAUUUCAAUCCUGUCGAAAAGCGUACGCGUUUCAACAAGAUAUCUUUUUUUUCAGCUAGACCUCGUAUCAAGGCGGGUCUCUUGCCCAUGGAUCCGAUUGAUGAGGGUGACAACAUCGGUCCUGAUCUCAUGACGAAUGAUGGUAGUAUGCCUAUCGUUUUGACCAACCAGGAUGGCAACAUUCCUUCAAAAUGGUCCACAAACUGUGGCAGUAUGGCCCCCAUUUCGACCCGUGAGGAUGGCGUGGCACCAUUCCGCCAGAGCAACUUCUUUGGGCGGGUACCCCUGGAGAUAUGGGGCCAGAAGAUUGAAGAGCUUCGCCAGUGGACCGGCACGCAUAAAAUCUAUCGCGACAUCCAUGACUUAUCUUACUCAAAUCACAAGCAUCCAAAUCACGACCGGGUGUGGGACUCAAAGAACCUUUUCUGCAUCGGCUGUACCAAGGACACUAUGAAGAGAUGCGAAACUUGUGGGAGAUACUGCUGUCUCUGGUCAAUAUGCAAGGAGAUAGCCGGCGCAUCCAAAGCUGGGAUCCUGCCACAGGAACGAGUCAAUGCAACUCAGUGGCUGAAAAAGAUCGCCGGCCUCAUGUCCUACGUAUUUGUGAGAUAUGCGAUGGUCUUUCUUGCCCUGACUGCUGCGGCCGCUGCCCUAUCUGCCGGGUCCCUAAGUGCGUCCGUUGCAAACCCAACCGGGAGGAGGAAUGCUCGUAUCACACGGGCCCGCCAGCGAUUUGAAUGGGGCAAUACUAUCGAUGUUGUUGGUGCGAAGACUGGAUCAUACCAAUGCUGUCGAGACAAUACAUGA